ACCUAGAAUUCACAAAACUCAUAUGGCAAUUUGUCUUGAUUGCUGGCAAUUGAUUCAAGUCAAUGAUGUGAAACCAAAGAAAGUAUAUGCUUCUGCUCUCUAUAGAUAUGUUGAAAAGAUUGAACCGGCAGAUUUGAUGAAGUAUCAUUGGGAUAAUGAAUGUGAUAAACCAAAGACUGAUUUCGGAAAAGCAAGGAUUAUACAAAGAGCUUGGAGACGAUUCCAAGAAAAAGAGCCAUCAAAUGCACGACUUGCAUGA